AUGGUGCUGGAGGCCGAGAAAUCCGGCCGGAUCAAGCCUGGGUAUACUUUGAUUGAACCCACGUCUGGUAAUACUGGUAUUGGAUUGGCUCUUGUGGGUGCUGUUAAGGGUUAUAGAACGAUUAUUACUUUGCCAGAGAAGAUGUCGAACGAGAAAGUCAGUGUUUUGAAAGCAUUGGGUGCUGAGAUUGUUCGUACUCCUACUGAAGCUGCUUGGGACGCUCCUGAGUCGCAUAUCGGAGUGGCCAAACGGUUGGAGAAAGAGAUUCCAAACGCCGUCAUUUUAGACCAGUAUGGCAAUUUGGAUAAUCCAAAGGCUCAUGAAUACGGUACUGGUGAAGAGAUCUGGGAACAGACGGACGGAAAAGUCACUGUUUUAGUGGCUGGUGCUGGUACUGGUGGUACUAUUACCGGUAUUGCUAGAGCUUUGAAGAAACAUAAUCCUAAAGUCAGGGUUGUAGGAGCUGAUCCUAAAGGAUCGAUUCUGGCAGUUCCUGAGUCAUUAAAUGAUUCUGUUGAAUCGUAUAAAGUUGAGGGAAUCGGUUAUGAUUUCAUUCCUGAUGUUCUGGACCGGUCGUUGGUCGACGAGUGGAUCAAGACCGAGGAUAGAGAGUCGUUUUUAUUGUCGCGACGUCUGAUUCGUGAAGAGGGUUUGUUAGUCGGUGGAUCCAGUGGAUCUGCUCUUGCUGCUGCUUUAAAAGUUGCUAAAGGUCUUACUAAAGACGAUACAGUUGUAGUCGUUUUACCCGACUCUGUUCGUUCGUACCUCACUAAAUUUGUUGACGAAGACUGGAUGAAGUAUAACGGGUUUGUGGAUGAUGCUACUUUAGCAGCUCAAGCUGAGAAGAAAAGUCAAUACAAAGGAGCCACUAUUGCCGACCUUAAUCUCAAGCCUGUUGUUACUGUUAAAACGUCGACUAAGACCGGUGCUGUCAUUGACCUUCUGCGAGAAAAGGGAUUCGACCAGCUUCCUGUUGCGUCUGAAUCCAAUAAACUCGUUGGUCUCGUUACUCUUGGUAAUCUUUUAUCGUUUAUUUCUCGAGGUCGAGCCACUGUUGAUACUCCUGUCCAGGACGUGAUGCUGGAUUUCCGCCGAUUACCCUCGUUCAACACCCCACCCACCCCUGGACCUGCUGAUGUCGGCACUCCACACGCUCAAUCCAAGUCUUCGCCUCGUGCCAAGUCGAGAAAGUUCUCUGAAAUCACCGUCGACACGCCCCUAUCAGCACUCAACCACUUCUUCGAGCACAACUCCGCCGCUGUCGUCACCGAACGCACUGCCGACCACUCCGUCAAGGCCGUCCACAUCGUCACCAAGGUCGACCUGCUCACCUACCUCGCCAAGAACGUCGACUUGUAA